GCAGAUCGCUUUGCCGAGCCGGAGAGAAGGGAGCUGUAUUCAUCUCCACUUGCAGCGUCGACCCAGGUUUGGGGCGUCGGUUUCCUUGUGCCCCAAGAACCGCCGAGCGAGGCUAAGCCGCUCGCCCCUUAUCUCUGACCCCCAGCCUCUCCCGAAGGAGCUCCGUCUACGUUUGGCACCAUGUCGGUUGAACUAGAAGAAGCCGACCUGCCCCUGACUGAGGCUGAAGAGGCGCCCCUGGCUCCCGAGAAGAAAGGCACGUCCAAGAAAGCCAAGGCGGGCGGCUCGUCCCUCUCGCCCUCCAAGAGGCGGAAGAACAACAAGAAAAAGAACCAGCCGGGCAAGUACAGCCAGCUAGUGGUGGAGACGAUCCGCAAGCUGGGCGAGCGCAAUGGCUCCUCGCUGGCCAAGAUCUACAACGAAGCCAAGAAAGUGGCCUGGUUCGACCAGCAGAACGGGCGCACCUACCUCAAGUAUUCCAUCAAGGCGCUGGUGCAGAACGACACCCUGCUCCAAGUGAAGGGCACCGGCGCCAACGGCUCCUUCAAGCUCAACAAGAAGAAGCUGGAGGGCGGCGGCGAAGGGGGCGGCGGCGGCGCCUCCCACGCCAAGACCCUCAAGAAGGCGGUGGCGGUGGUGCCGGCGGCGGCGGCUUCCACUUCCCGCAAGGCCGAGAGGAAGCCCGUCGUCAAGAGCAAAAAGCCCGAGAAAAAGUCGCACAAGAAAAGUGUCGGCGGCGGAUCGGUGAAAAAGGACAAGGUGAAAGCCAAGAAGGCGGCCAAGAAGACCGCGGUCUCCCCCAGCGCCAAGAAGGUGAAGAAGUCCGCAAAACCCAAGGCGCUCAAGAGCCGGAAGGCGUGAAACCCUCGCGGGGGGAGGGGGCGCAGAAGAUGGCCCCCCCCAGCACUUUGGGCAGGAAGAGGGCAGAUCCCUUUGACUCCCCUGCCCGGGACUCUGGACCGCAAGACGUUGACUUUGGCUCCAAGCGCAGAGCCACGUUGUUAUCCUUUUCGGUUUUAUUUCGUUGACCCCGUUUUGCAGCUUUUAUUGGGGUGGGGGAUACGUGGGUUUUCCCCCUCCAUUCCCUUCGCCCCUGCCAGCUCCCCUAGGGGGGCGGAGUGUCUUAAGGUGAGGUACUUCAUCAUCGCCCAUGGUUUCUAGCCUUGGGGCGGGCGUUGUUUUAAAAAACAGCGUUAAAUGCAUCUAAUAUUUCCACCCCUUUUCUUCCAGAUCUGGGAAUGGAAAGCUUGUGUGAAUGUUUAAAUAGGAAUGCAAACAGGUCCCCCCCCCCCUUUGAUGCCACUGUGCCGCCAUGGCAACGGUCCUUUUAGGCUGGGUUUUCCCUUCUCAUA